AUGCAGUCGAUACUAUAUGAUGCAAAAACAAAGAAGCUCUCGUUAGACGCAGAGGCCAGAGAACCAGCAUUGAAGUUGGAACUAGAUCAACUAAACACCCUUACGCAAGAGAUUAUCAAUCAAGGAAGUGAUGUUCCCCCAGUUCCCACGGCUGAAAAUUUCAACAAGGACUUGUCGAAAAUGAUCAAAAAAUUGUAUGAAAGUGGUGUCCAGUCUUUUAAGAUGGGGAAAUUCGAAGAUAGCGCACGUCAAUUUUCAGUUGGGAUUGAAAUGAUCAAUAGAAGGCCAAAAUUGGAAAGUUUUCAGGGUACUAUUCAGGAAUUGUCAUUAUUCUUGAUGAGCAGAACUGACGCAUAUUUAAAAACAAAAGAGUAUCUCAAAGCAUACAACGAUGUGGACUUGUUGCUUAACAUGCAGAUGAACAGUCCAGAUAAUUUCUUAAGAAGAGGAGUUGCAAAUUACUUUUUGGGUAAUUACGAGUUAGCAAGAGCUGAUUACCAAAGAGGUUUGUCAUUUGAUGAAAACCACCAGCGAUUACAACACGAGUUGACAAUUUGUCUCGACAAAAUCUUGGAAGAAAAUGGCGACUACUUAUAA